AGAAGGCAGUGACAGAGGUGGAUGAUCUCUCUGUGUAGACUGAGGCAGAGUUGUCCACCAAUAUCAAGCUUUCUCAGGAGGCUGUGGCUGCGAAUGGUCUCCAGAAUAAGGCGAAGACGUUGGUUUGCCAAUUAAUUCGUCUUUCCGGCCGCACCUUACAUGAUUGUCUCAGGUAAGAACUUCCAAGUCUUCAAUUGUUUAAUUUUAGUUGCAUUUUACUCUUUAAUUUUCCAGUAAGACACGCUGAUCAGAUACAUAAUUGUUAGAGAGCUGAGAUGGUUUAGAAUGAUGAUAUUCCUUCCUUACAGAGACAAGAUAGAGAGGAAGAUCGUUGAACUUGCCGAAUCCUCAGAGGAGGCACGUCGAGUAUUGAGGCUGACCAUGAUGAAAGAGAUGGUCCGGAUGUACAACAUCAAACUUUGGCAGCGCAAGUUGAUAGAUGUCCACAAGGUCAUCGAGCGGUUUCCUUCCAUAUUUUUUAUUCUUGAAGCGAAUCAUCCUUUAUGGAAGACUCUCGAUCCAGAGAACCCCCCACUGAUUGUUGUCCCCUCACCCGGACAACACGACCAGCCUCCGGAGGCUGUGGCUGCGAAUGGUCUCCAGAAUAAGGCGAAGACGUUGGUUUGCCAAUUAAUUCGUCUUUCCGGCCGCACCUUACAUGAUUGUCUCAGAGACAAGAUAGAGAGGAAGAUCGUUGAACUUGCCGAAUCCUCAGAGGAGGCACGUCGAGUAUUGAGGCUGACCAUGAUGAAAGAGAUGGUCCGGAUGUACAACAUCAAACUUUGGCAGCGCAAGUUGAUAGAUGUCCACAAGGUCAUCGAGCGGUUUCCUUCCAUAUUUUUUAUUCUUGAAGCGAAUCAUCCUUUAUGGAAGACUCUCGAUCCAGAGAACCCCCCACUGAUUGUUGUCCCCUCACCCGGACAACACGACCAGCCUCCGGAGGCUGUGAUGGGGAAUCAUCUCCAGAAUAGGGCAAAGGCUUUGGUUCAACAAUUAACUCGUUGUUCUGGUCCCACCCUGUCUAAAUGGUGCAGGUGAGAAUUUCCAAGUCUUCAGUUGUUUCAGUGCAGUAACAUUUUACUCUUUAAUCUUCUAGUGACUAAGACACACUUAUCAUAUACAUACAGUAUGUGUUAGAGA